GUUUGAAUGCACAUCCAUUCAAGGGGCAGCUGCUUGGUGGUUGUCUGGUGGCCGUUGUUCUACCGCAUGUGUAAAUAGGCAAAAUGGGCGUGUUCUUCUUCCUCUAUAUUUUUCUUCUUAUGGGUGAUUUUUCUUCUUCAUCUUCAGCUCAAGAGGUUUAGGUGGUGGGAGCUAUGGAGAUAGAGGUGGGGAGUAGUAGUUACAGCGGUGGAGACGGUGAACGGAACGUGUCUGUGAAUGGAGCUGAGAGAGGGACUUACUUGGUGUGGGAGGAUCUGACGGUGGUGCUGCCAAACUUCGGGAAUAAACCAACCAGGAGGUUGCUUCAUGGGCUUCGUGGGUUUGCUGAGCCUGGUAGGAUCAUGGCUAUAAUGGGUCCUUCUGGGUCUGGGAAGUCCACUCUCCUUGAUUCAUUAGCAGGUAGACUCUCAAGAAAUGUUAUCAUGACUGGAAAUAUUCUUCUAAAUGGGAAGAAGAGGAGAGCAGACGACUAUGGUGCUGUUGCUUAUGUGACUCAAGAGGAUGUGUUGUUAGGAACUCUUACUGUCAGAGAAACCAUAACUUACUCGGCACAUUUGAGGCUUCCAACUAGAAUGACCAAAGAAGAAGUCAGUAGCAUCGUGGAGGGAACAAUCAUUGAAAUGGGUCUCCAAGAUUGUGCGGAUAGGUUGAUUGGAAACUGGCACUUAAGAGGUGUAAGUGGUGGGGAGAAGAAAAGAGUAAGCAUUGCACUCGAAAUCGUCACACGACCUUGUUUAUUGUUUCUCGAUGAACCCACUAGUGGCCUUGAUAGUGCCUCAGCUUUCUUUGUUGUUCAAACUCUUAGAAAUAUUGCACGUGAUGGAAGGACUGUUAUCUCUUCAAUUCACCAACCAAGUAGCGAAGUCUUUGCACUCUUUGAUGACCUCUUCUUACUAUCUAGUGGCGAAACUGUGUAUUUCGGAGAAGCAAAGUUGGCAGUACAGUUCUUUGCUGAAGCGGGUUUUCCAUGUCCAAGUAGAAGGAAUCCUUCUGAUCACUUCCUACGUUGUGUCAAUUCAGAUUUUGACAUUGUAACUGCCACAUUGAAAGGAUCUCAAAGACUUCAUGACGUCCAAACUUCAUCAGAUCCUUUCACGAAUUUGGCUACAGCAGAGAUCAAAGCAAUGCUUAUUGAGAAAUACAGGCGCUCACAAUAUGCAAAAAGUGCAGGAAAUAGGAUUCAAGCAUUAUCAACCAUUGAAGGGUUUGCACUUGAAAACAAAAUUUCAAGUCAAGCAAGUUGGUGGAAGCAACUUUUAACAUUAACGCAGAGAUCAGCUGUUAACAUGUCUAGAGAUGUGGGAUAUUACUGGUGUAGGAUAAUGAUCUAUAUUGUUGUAUCUAUAUGUGUGGGUACUAUCUAUUUUGAUGUUGGCACUGGCUACACAUCAAUCUUGGCCCGUGGAGCCUGUGGUGGAUUUGUGUCGGGGUUUAUGACAUUUAUGUCAAUUGGAGGCUUUCCAUCCUUUGUUGAAGAGAUGAAGGUUUUUUAUCGAGAGAGGCUUAAUGGGUAUUAUGGAGUAACUGUGUUUAUUCUAUCCAACUUCCUUUCUUCGUUCCCCUUCUUGGUUGCUAUUGCAUUUUCUACAGGGACUAUCACUUUCUACAUGGUGAAAUUUAGACCGGAGUUUUCUCAUUAUAUCUACUACAGUCUUAAUAUAUAUCUCUGCAUUUCGGUUAUAGAGAGCCUCAUGAUGGUUGUAGCUUCUUUGGUCCCAAAUUUCCUGAUGGGAAUUAUUGCAGGGGCGGGAAUCAUUGGAAUCUUCAUGCUGACCUCUGGUUUCUUCCGCUUGCUGGCCGAUCUUCCCAAGCCAUUUUGGCGCUAUCCAAUUUCCUAUCUCAGUUAUGGCUCAUGGGGACUAAAGGGUGCCUACAAGAAUGACUUGAUUGGGCUUGAAUUCGAUCCUCUAAUACCGGGUGACCCGAAAUUGAAGGGCAAGGAUGUUAUUGAAACAAUUUAUCGCAUGCCCAUUGAUCAUUCCAAGUGGUGGGACUUAGCUGCUCUAGUGCUUCUUGUUCUAUUUUACCGGUUACUUUUCUUCAUCGCUCUGAAGUUAAAGGAGAGAGCUUCCCCAUUGUUUCAGACACUUUAUAACAAGAGAGCCCUACAUCAUCUGGAUAAAAGGCCUUCUUUCAGGAAAAUACCGUCAGCUUUCCCUUCCAAGAGGCACCAACCUCUCCAUUCACUGUCUUCUCAAGAGGGUCUUAAUUCUCCUCUCCAGCACUAGAAGCAUGCACCAACUAAAAUUUGAGUUACAAGCCACAGAUUUUAUGGUGCAAUCUUAACUAUUAUGUCAUUAUUUUGUAGCUACUGCUCAAGGAUAAACAAAUGAAGCCAACAGUACAAAGUUUAUGUGGGAUUUAUAUAUAAAUAUUGUUUGGUAUUCUUUCUUAUUCAGAAAAGAAAUGUCAACAUAUAUGGGACACUGGCCAGCUUGUGUUGCUUUUUUUCAGAAUCUUCCAAGCUUGUAUUUACUGUGUGUCUGUCAUUAUUAUUUCGAAGACACACUCAAUGAAGACAUGUAUGGGUUUACAAUGU